GACGUUCUCGGCGGCUUGAAGGCGCGGCAGAAGCUGCGGGGGCAGCACGGCGAGGACUGCCUGCGCGACUUCCACUUCCUCUUCAUCAACCUCGACAAGCCGCCCCCGAUAGCGCCGCUGGGCGUCAUCGCGAGAUGGGCCAGGGAGACGCCCCCGCCCCG